AUGAUGUCGAACCUGGGGACAUUUCGGCGGUGGCUGCACCGGAAGCAGUACCACUUCGAGGUGACGAUGAGCGUGUACAUGUUUACGCCCUGGGAGAAGUUUGCCUUCUACUCGAUCCUCUUCCUGCUCUGCAGCCUCGCCUUCAUCGCGGCGGUGCUGUACCUGCCGCACCACAUCUCCACCCUGGCGGGCCGCGCGUGGUACUACAUCAAGGGCGAGCACAUUGACGUGGCGGCGUCGGCCCGCGAGGUGGUCAAGGAGAUGUCGGCCAGCGUGCUCAGCGGCGAGGGCGCUGCCGGCGUCGCGCCGCCGACGGCCGUGGGCGUUAGAGAGGCGCUGGGCACGCUGGAGAAGGAGCUGUGA